AUGCUAUCGGCCUCUCGCCCUCAAUCAUCUACUCCCAAUCGCCUCGAUAUGAGAGGUCGUACGCCACUGCAAGUGCCCUCUGGGCUUCAAAAUGGUCAUACCCGCAAUCCCUCAAGUCUCGACAUGGCUCGCAGUCCACCCAACCCGAGUAAUAAGAAUACCAAGCAUGUCCCCUGCAAAUUCUUCCGUCAAGGUGCUUGUCAGGCAGGCCCCGCUUGUCCAUUCCUGCACUCAACCGACUCGGCGAUCGAUUAUGCUCCCUGCAAAUACUUUUCCAAGGGAAAUUGCAAGUUCGGCGCAAAGUGUGCACUAGCUCACAUUCUUCCGGAUGGACGGAGGGUGAAUCGGCCAACUGGAGGCGGCGGUGGAGGGGGUGGAGGUGCUGGUAUGGGAAUUGGGGGUAGCCACCUCAACUUGGGUGGCCGGGUCAACCCGCAGGCGUAUGUGAACCAGGACUCGGCCUUGACAAACUCGGUCCUUUCGCAGCAACGUAUGAACGACCAUGAAACGCGAUAUGCCCCACAGCCAGAGGACUUCCCCACUGUGCAUGGGCAGCAAGUACCGCCGUAUGAUUCGAUUCCAACAAUCGACGCAGGGUUGGCCUCCGAUGCCGGCUCGAAGUAUGGCUCUCCUGCCGAAGACGUGCGCUUCCCCAUGUCACCCAAUCAUCACCACCUGACUGCUCUUGAUGCAGCGCUUCCUGCCUCGUUCGAUAGCCAAGGUAUCUCUCAUGUGGCCCGAUAUGGCCCAGUGGCUGCUUCAAUGCCCUCGAAGUUUGGUCUGGAAUUAUCGUCUCCGCCUGCGCAGAGGCCUGGGCCCUCGGAUGCUUUCCGAAACCUGCGUGACAUUGGCUUCAGCUCUGACCGUCGCAGGCCAUUCUCCAAUAUUGGGUCUUCGCCUCCGGCGCCUGAGGACACCGUGGGGCCUCGAUUCCUACACUCCUCCCGUCCUGUCAAGCCACGCAUGCUGUCUGCGAGUGUCCCUCGGCCUACUGCGCUCGAUGAUUGGGAUGAAAACUUUCCCAUGGAAGAAGACUACCUACCAAUGAACCUACACGAUGAUGUGCUUACACCACAGGAAAAGCUGCGCCGGCUGUCCCGGACCGACCAUGAUAUCAGCGGGCUCGGCAUGAGCAGCAGCUUUUCCAAGAAUGGAUCGCCUCUCGCGUCAAGCCCGUCCCGGUUUGGUGCAUUGUUUGCUAAGCAGCGCCAAAGGAAGGAUGAUGACGGUGUUGCGUCCUCCUUCUCUCACAUCGGCUCUCCCCUCCGUGAGUCCGCGUUGAACCCUAUGGCUAGCCCCAGCCUAGGCCCAAUCGGGAGCCGAGCCUCUCACGAUGGCUCGCCAUUCGUCUCUAGCCCGGGAAGACAAUCGUCCAUGUCCAUGAUUUCCGAGCAGCUCAGCGGCAUGUCCCUUUACCCGGGAUCUGCUCGCCACUCCUCUGUGGCCCCAGGCCGCCUCGACCGCACGAUUUCCUCUGGCACCACUAGCAAGAUUGAAGAGGAAGAGGAACAAAAUGACCUUGUCUUCUCCAUGGAGGAGGAGGAGGGCAACAAGCGUAACAGCUCCUCCUGGAACUCCGACGAAACCAAAGAGAGCUCUACUGACGCCUAA